CAACGCUUCUAGUUUCAAUCUUUGUUCGGAACGGAUCGGUCGUUUGUUGUAUCUCUUGCGCGUGGAAGCGUCGUCGUCUUGGAAAAAAAAAAUUCGAUCACGAUAAAAGCAACCAACCAAAGUCUAAUUGUUGGCAACUUGUGCAAUACAUUUUGCAACUCACAGCGGGUGUUAGCAAAUAUACAAAUCAGUGGAUUUCUUGUUACCGUUGUCUCGUAUCAUUUGACUAGAUCGGAAAGGGAAAGUGAAGUGGUCACAACAACCGAGAGUGCUUCCACUGCUGGUGUCGAGGAACCUGUCCUAACCCAAGAUCUUCUAUUCAACACAUCUACAGCGACAAACAUCUGUAUACGGAUCGGUCAAUCAGUCAGCAAGCAGCCAGAACCAUGCCAGCUGAUGCAUUUUCAAGGAUGGACUCGUCCGGAUCUACAGCGGAAUCGUCCUCAUCGGAGGCCAAAGAUAUACCGUCCAGCGUCGAGGCCGCUCUGCUGAGAGCUCGCACCGAAAGUGAAGGUUCCGACAAAUCGGGUCCAACGAGGUUCGUCCUUCCCGGGACAUCCAGCAGCCCACCGAAAAUUCUUACCCUGGAGGAGGUUCAAGAUGCCGUCAAAAACAUUGAAAAUAUGACCCUGGCCCACGAAAUCGCCAUCAACAGCGACUUCAAGCUGCAACCGUACGAACCACCGGAGAACUCGCUGGAACGCAUCAUCAAGGACACGAUGCACCGGGCCUACUGGGACAUCCUGAAGGAGCAGCUGGCUCGAGAGCCGCCCUGCUACGAUAUGGCCAUCCAGCUGUUGGCCGACAUUAAGGACGCUUUUAAGAGUAUUCUGAGCAAGAACAACGAGCGAGCGCUGGCUCGGAUCAACGAAAUUCUGGACGAAACUGUGAUACGCCAGCAGGCCGAACAAGGUGUGCUAGACUUUGGAACCUACGCUAAAUUUGUGAUUCAUAUUAUGGCCUUGUCGUGUGCUCCGGUGCGAGAUGAACAGAUAGCCAAACUGAAGGAGAUUUCGGAUGUUAUUGAACUCUUCCGAGGUAUCCUGGAGGCGCUGUCGGUCAUGAAGCUGGACAUGGCGAACUGUCUGUUGGAUGCUGCCCGUAACGAUGUCAUUGCCAAUUCCGUCGAGUAUGAGAAACAGAAAUUCAAACAAUUCCUAGAGCUGUACAAGGACGGGUUCCCGGAGACGGAAAAGUGGUUGAAACGAAACAAGGUACCGGAAACAGGUUCUGCCGAUCAAGAACAGGCUGCAGCCAGCAACGAUCAGCAGCGCCGAUCCAAGGACACAAUUUUCAACGCUUAUCUUGAAUUGAUCGAUUGGAACUCGGAGAACGAGUUCCCGGAAAUGUUGGAAAUGGAUCGGGACCGCGUGAUUGGCCUGCAGGGUCGGGCUUCCCGUCUUUGCAGCUGUGCCUCAACACUUGCCAUUACUAGUGCUGCCAUACCACUAAUCGCACAAUCCACCGAUGCUCGCAAAAGCCUCGCUAAAGAGCUUGUUAUUUUAGUUCAAAAUUGCAACAACACCAAGGAUCUGGAUGAUGCUAUCGAAAACAUCUGGUUACACGUACGAUCCGUGGUCGUCAACCGAUUGAAGGAUCUGAACCAACCCGAGCUGAACGAAUCCGUGGAAAGCUCCCUGAAGGCACAGAUCCUGCAGGUCGCAAAGAAAGAAUCCCCGGUGCGAGCGCUGAUCUGGAAGCGACUGCUGGCCUACAUUCAGCUGGUGCUCAGGACCAACAGCCAUAUUCCGGUGCCACCCGGUUUCCAGGAGUUUGCUGACGAGGUCGAAAGUUUAGCGACCGCUUUCAAACGAAUUUCCUACUAUAACUACGCCGUCUACGGGGAGUAUUUCCAUGAGAUCUUGAACAAAUUGUAGAGCCUACGAGCAAGUGUUUCUCAAAGGUUGAAGUUCUUCCGUGUAUUGAUUUGUUCAACUGAAACCCUCCCUGGCAUCACUCCUUGUGUGUAGUUUUGUGAUUCGCGUCUUAUUGUGAAGUAGAUUAGUUUUAGUCGGUAUCUAAACUCUUAUAUAAAACCAGUAUAUAUCACAACUUUAAGUUAGUCAUUUUUCUUUUCGCUCUACAUACGAUAUCGGAACUGAAGAAAGUUUUCAGGAGUUGUUGAAAUGUGAUAGUUAUGAAACGGAUUCGGAUAGGUUAUUGGUUCAUAUCAAAGAUAACGAAAAAGUAAUGAAUGACGGAUAGGCGGACACAUGCCGGCCUAGGUGGAACGAAUUCGGUAGCCGCCUAAUAAAAAUAGCAUUAUUCCAGUACAGCAUCCGCGCGUAGAUGUGUAACCCCCAUAUUCGAUCGAAUCCAAACUUAAUCUGACUAACAAAAAAAACCAGAACUGUGUAUAGCAUAUUACAUGAUGUGUAUAAAUGAUUUUUAC